AACAAUAAUAAUAAUAAUAAUAAUAAUAAUAAUAACAAUAAUAAUAAUAAUAAUAAUAAUAAUAAUAACAAUAAUAAUAAUAAUAAUAAUAAUAAUAAUAAUAAUAAUAACAAUAAUAACAAUAAUAAUAAUAACAAUAAUAAUAAUAACAAUAAUAAUAAUAAUAAUAAUAAUAAUAACAAUAAUAAUAAUAAUAAUAAUAAUAAUAACAAUAAUAAUAAUAAUAAUAAUAAUAAUAAUAAUAAUAAUAAUAAUAAUAAUAAUAAU